AUGCCGCUAAUCCGAAAUUUAACUGAAGGGUCCGAAACUAUAGUGCAAUGCGCUAUAUCAAAGGAACGGUCUUACAACCUCGAGGAUGUGCGUAUUUGACUUAAAAUGGAUAACGUUAAAGUUUUUUAAACUGAAAAAGUCAUGCCUACUUUUGUUUACAGGUAGUAAUAUUUGAUCUGAAUACGGUCUUCUGUGAAUACAACGAUAAAGUACGCACAUGCGGUAAGAGUUCUGUCCCUUAAAUUAUAUCGGCCAUCUUAAUACGAUUGACUGCAGUCCACAGUAUAAGCUAAACACAAAAGUUAUGUUAUAAUUCCCUAUAUUCGUUGUAGACAGACGAGAAGUAGACGAGGACACGGUCCUUUUUUCAACUACAGUCUUCAGAACAGAGCCGAAUGAGUAUUAUCCUGACCAAUAUGUAUUCUGCAAUGCUAUGGGAAGCUACAUGUCAAUCAGAAUCACAUGGGAAGGAGGUAAUAUGUUUUUUCAGAUUCGGUCUAGGUCAUCGAGAAAUAGUUUGUCCUUAAUCAUCAUCUUACAUAUAAAAGCACACAAAGCUAUGUAAUUCGACUAAGACAAUGCGAAAGGUUUCUGCUUGUUUUAAAAAAAUGUACUUUUAGGCAAACGUGCAGUGUGUAGGAGUGAGAAACUUUGCCAAAGAAUAGUUUGAACUUAACAUACAAGGAAUCAUUCGAGAAUUUUUGUUCCGAUCGAAAUUUGUUGAAACGAAAAAAUGUCGAGUUUAGAGCGGCAUUAGAUUAUUUCGUUAGUAAUAAAUGGCGGAGUAAUUCAGUUAGUUUCCGUGUACCUUGUGUCAUGCUAAGGUGCUACUGCCUUAUAUGCACAACGAAGCAUAUGUUCGUAUAGAGAAACAUGUCAUCCAUUAAUUACAACGUAAAGUUGCAAGAGUGAAUUCUAUUCCUUUUGGAAGACAGUUGGCAGUAUUACAAUGUUAAAAUUAACUUAACGCAGUGGUGAUCUUUACGUUUCUGUGAAAUGUUAGACGUUUUUGAAUGAUAUCAGUAUCAUUCGUUGCUCAUUAUGUUAUAUUUUGUCUCAUUAAGUAUAUAUACACUUGCUCAUUUGUCCUUUUUAAAACGUUCACUUCAAAAACGCAUGUGAUGGUCGUGUAAAAAGACGUAUGGAUAUACUUAGUGAGCCCUUGAUAUGAGCCACAAGAUGUCCUAUUCAUAGGGCACAGUGCGGUUCAGUCAAGCGUGUAAAAAAUUAAGAACUUGAGCAGGCACUUAAUAUCGAUCAGAACUAUUGCAUUUUAUUUGCAAAUGUCGCAAACUCAAAAAGACGUUUUCCGCUUGGCGUUUCCUUCAUGUAUCAUUGGCGACUAUCGAGGCUUAUCACAUAGUUAUCCUUGAGAACCAAAAUGUUAGGCCCGGAUCUCAUUAAAAAGCCAAACCUACCUAUUUGCUGAUAGCUCAACAAUUUUAUCAAUAGAUGAUGCUAACGUUCACAAUUACUGAGAUAAGGAUGAACACAUUGAGUUUGCUCAGAAGUAAAAUCAAACAUAUCAUGAAGUUUCCGAAGCGAGUUAUCAUGAGUAGAACUAAGGGCGAAAUUUUGGAGAGGACUAGACAAUUCGCUUUGCAGGCAAAAUUCUACUUAUGUAGAUAUUCCCAAAAGAAAGAUUUUGUGUAAUUUUUCAAAGAGUUAGCACGCGCAGUCCCUUAUAUGCACCUUUCGUUAUCAACAUCGUUUUCUGUACUGAACAUAUUUUUUGUAUGAAGCAAAAACGACUGCCUUGGCUGUUGAACUCUCAAUUAGCUUCUUAUGAACGUGCGUUAGGCAGAAAAAUAGCCUAAUUCCAUCAUGGAUUAUCGGCCGCUGGAACAUCAACAGGGAUUUAAUGCUCCAUUAGAAAGAUUUCAAUGUCUAAAUCUAAAAAUGACUUAAGUUAAUAUGUGACGUAACCUGUAGUUCUUUCGCCUCUUUAGCAAUUUAACAUUAUACAAUAACAAUAUUGAAGAAAGAAAAGUCAGUCAAAUUCUUGUCCGCAGUUUGUAAAUAUGGGCUGAAUGUUAUACGCUCUUUGACGUCUGUGGUCUUUUAUCCUUCUGUGACAUUUUUAAAAGCAAUCGGAUAUCCACUACAACUUAACGAAGUAAAGUUCACGAACUAUCUAAAAAUAUGGCAUGUCGCUAUUUUCUUCUGCAAUCUGCCGAGUCUGUGUUGAAGGGAGAAUUGUUUAAAAAAUGUUGUAAUUCGAAAAUCUGAGCAGCAAAAGUGAGAGUCUAUUUUAUGAAGUAAGAAAUUCAGCAGAAUCAGUGGCUGCGAAGUAAAAUCUCCAAAGAAGCGAACAUAACACGUUUGCAUUUACUAAAUUUGUUGGUCAUUGUCCACGUGCAGUCAGAAAAUGCAUGAGGACUUUUGGGCAGACAAUUCUUUCACGGCCCAAAUCACGCACAUGAGGAUUUAUGUUGCGAAAGCAACACUGCAUGGGGGUUGAGUCUUACUGUAUCGGUGCUCAUACCCAGAAGGUACUUGAAGACUUUGGCACGAGACGCCCUAUGACGUACUGUAAUUUUCCUAUAAAUUUUAGAAUAUCCAGGUGACACCUGCAUAUGUGAGGACUGAUUAGGUACGUAAACGUUGAAUCCGAACAGGAAGUCUUAAAAAUAAUGCUUGAAUGCCUGCUAUUACCAUUGUGUUUUUUCGUGUUUGAUUUGUCACCCAACCUUUAAGCCAUUCUAUGUUAUUCGUUAGAAAAUUGUUAAAAAUUUCUGUUAUUCCGUGGAUAUCUCUAAACGAUAACGCUGGAAUUUAACAUUCUUCUUCGCGAUCACCUCUAAAACACUUAUGUUGUAUUUACCAUUUUAGGCACACAUUACAACAGCCGCAUGUAUACAGUGCUGAAAAGUGGCAUGGUUCCAUUAAAGCUUUUUUCAUUAUGCAUACACUUACGCUUUAUCGAAAGCCACCUUUAUAUUUAUACAACAUGUCAGGAAUACAUGUUUGCAACAAUUCACUAAGGAGAAUUCCGUGAAGAAAGAAACCCGACCAAUACUACAUGUAAAGUUUCUCAAAGCGAGUUCUACAGUUAGUUAAGCCAGGUUUGAUAAAGCCGUGGAGUAACUAAGUUUGCAACUCCUAAACAAACUAAUUAAUUGAAAGCAUUUGGCUAGGGAACAGAAAUAAAUAUCCCAUAUGACAGGCAGUCUCGUGUUAGAUUCCAGUGGGGUUGGGGGCGCGGUUGGCAUAGGCGCUGUAGCGUUAGAUUAUGGCUUGAGAAAAGUAAAGUCGGCGUUAGAUGACUGAGUGUUACGACAAGGGUUAGAGCUUAAGCCAAGGUUAUGUCACGGGAAUAAGCACUCCAGGAGUUGAGCGAAGGGUCAGCUGUAGCACGGAGGUGCCUAUCUGCGUGUUCAACUUCAUUCUAUUUGUUAACACAUUAUCAGGGCGUUUUGGCUGGUUGGAGGGUGAAAACGGAGAGUAACGUUAUUGGUGCUUUGAUGAUAUGCGAAUGGAGUCCGGGUGUGUCUUAGAUGUUAAUGAGCAUCGAGUUAUCAAGGUCCGUGGUUUGAAAACUUCUGCUUAAUUUGCAAGCCCUGGGUUUACAAUUGGCACUGCCAGUAACCCACUUCACAGUGGCAUGACACCCAAAGUUUGCAGCAAAAUUUGCUUCCCGUCAAAUUUCUUCCCUCUGGUUACGUGGUAAUUAACCGCCAUGAUCGUUGUUGAAGAGAUUAUGGAACAUGGCGUUAUGGAAUUCUCAUCCAUUCCCAAUUUAUGCAGUAGAACGGUAGAUUUAUCAACGUUAUUUAGUAUGGUGUGCGAAAUCAUUAGUGUUUUCCUAAUAGUGGAUAAUUUAAAAAGACGUAAACAGUAAACGAAACAGCCCGAGGAGUACACCACAUGACAUUAGAAAAAUACACCAAAUUUUGACCGCAUGACCAAGAGGUCGCCAGAGAGCCUGAAAUUGAAUUUCAAAGUUUGAGAUGGACGAAAUUUUGUUCCAGGAAAAUAUACAAUGGAUGGGCUAUCUUACGAAAUGUGGACUGAAAUUCUGAAGUGCGUUUUAAAUUUAAAAAGUCUAAUUAGGCGGGGUUUUCUAUCAUUUAUCAUGUUUGGCACUGCCAAGGUGUUCAAACUACGGAAUGGUGUCGGCAUUUAAACACGCUACAAAUCGGCCGCCUGCACGACUAAUGUUCCGUUAGAAGUAUCAAUGAAGUGGCGUGAUUUUUUGAAUUAAUUUUCAAUACAAUAAUAAACUGAAAUGCAUUUUGUAAAAAUCACGAACAAAAUACACUUUCUCCCACUGAUUGAGAAGUUCAUUACGUCUUUGUCGACUCUUACACUUGAAGACGUAUUUUUAUGUUCUCACCGGGUGUCGACUUGUAAGUAGUUUCAAGACCGUGAAACGCCUAAUCAUACAGCAUCAGCUCAGAACAUUUUGAUGCUAUUAAUAAGAUGGACAACAUGGUGUACAAUUAUUUCAAAAUUUGACCAUAUAGGAUUGUAUGGUUUCCACUAUAUGAAAUUCAAACGGCUGGUAGUUUGGAAAGUGUAAAUGCAUGCGAAACGGCAGGUCAUGUUACGAAUACUUCGGAAAUCAAUAAAUUUUGUUAGGCGUUGGUUGCGCUGUCCUAGUCCCAAGUGUAAGCUCAACGUGGGCAAUGGUAGUGGGAAUCAAAUUAAUAGAAAAUGUCAUUUUCUAUCAGAUCAGUAGAAUAAAACGACAUUCGCUAGGUUUCUUUUGUGAAAUAACUUUGGAUAUCAAAGAAUAUCACAAAGCAAAGGGGAAGACCAUGCCUCUUAAGCAAUCGUUUUUGCAGAACGUGAAUUAUGCAUGUGGUUGACAAGAUGCUCGUCCGAAAGCCGGUAUCAUGUUAUGAUUGUCUUAAAAUUAUGCGUCAUCAUAACCUAUAUGAAAACUCUACUUAGGCAGUCUAAUCAAAAUAAAAACUUAAUUUAUUAUUUUGGUUAUUACUGAAUGAGAUACCGCGUCUACUGCAUUCCCGAGUCGGCCUCUUUAUGACUAUAGGAUGUCUGUAUAUUAAACGGGUGAUGGAGGUGUGUUGCCAUUUGAAAGAUACGCGUGCGAUGAAUUUUCACGUCGUCGGAAACUCCUGUCCUCAUAGUUACGAUAAUUUUCCAGACUAUGUGUAUGACCAGUUCUUCAGGCCUACAUUCUCUCAAUCUUUAGCAGUUCUGAACAAUUUGUUGCCGUGAUGCAGCAGCUAUGAAUAAAUUCAAAAAUCUAGUUGGGGUUCGAUCCCCACGAACUGCAUUUGCAAUAUGUUUAAAAAGCUACACACACGAAACACCGUCCGCACUCCUGAAACGCAGAGACUUGUCUUGAAGCACACCGAUCCAAAAUAGAGAGGGUCCAAAGGCGGACGACCGAGUUGGGACUUUUUAAAGAUAGCGUAUACCCUACUCGGAUGCUUUAGGAUUGCUCGGUGUUUGGGUGUCCGUUUCACUAAAAGGCUUUCCUGUCACAUCAUUUCUAGUCUAGCUAUAGCCGCGGUAAUGAUGGGUAACUGCCUCUGGCCACCAAAAUCAAUUCUAUUGGAUGUGAAUAAGUCAUUUAACUCUCGUGUGUAAGGAAACAUCCAAUCCUCGAAUAAUUUUAAACCUAGCCAACAAUUUUCCUUGCGCGUAGGUUUUGCAAAUCUCAGUAGCACACGGUUAGUUUUAAUAACAUCACAUAUUUUGCUGUGCAAAGAAUUAUUGCAGUAAAUGCAACUCUUAAUGCACACGUUGUUAACAACAUUUAAAAAGAAAAAAAACAUGACGCUGUAUAAAUAAAUAUUUACGGUCUUAAAAGAAUCUUAAUUAAAAGCGUUUUAAAUCCUCAUGAUGAUGCGUUAUAAAGUAAAAAAACUUGCAGAAAACAUACUUUUCUACCAUAGGAUUGCAAAAACGAAUAAAUGGUCAGUUAUUUUGUAGAAUAUAUAUUUUAAUUUCUAAGGGUCGCGAAAAUAGGAGGGAAAUAGUUAUACAGUUUAUUUAGUUUAGUUUUAUAAAGGGAAACAUAAGCGAGCACUUUUAAACUCCCUAUUGGAAACAAAUCAUUUGAGAAAAACACUGGCAAGUAGGAAGUUGAAAAAGAUAUUUUGUACAUAAUUGCAUGUGAAAGGCAGGCAGGUGUCAGGCAAUCGGAAAAUAGUAACCACUCGUUGUAAGUAGUAUAUAUGUAUAUAAGUUGGUGAUAGCUGAAGUGACAAAGUGUGCGGCUUGUAAUUGGGAAACUUGAUAGGCGUAGAGUCUAUAGUUGAAAAUGUCCACUCAGGAGGAAAGUACAACAUCCGUAAGCAGGACAUUCUACGCUGUAACCCCUUUGUUGCUGAGAAAAGAACUUACGUCCAUUGAUCCUUGCUUACCUACGCGUAGUCUUAGGGGAUGACCGCGUGUUAAUUGCUUAAAGUAAUCACUGGGAUGUAAACAACAGUCUAUGCCGUUUAUAAUGCACAAUGUUGGAAAAAGGCCAUCGCAUAUUUGUCUAUGGGAAGGGGGAAACAGGCUGAGAUUGGACAGUCUGCUUUCCUAAGGCAGUGCUCCGACACCUUUUCUCAUUUUGUCGCUCGUACGGCAUCGUAGUGAAUGCGGGCAGCGGUGUGCGAGGUGGGCCGAAGUUAAUAAAUUACAUAAACAUAUGUUACUUAAGUAUUUGUAGUAGCAUAGUCUUAACACUAAAUUGUCGACAAUGGCUAUCAAGGUGGCUGUAGUCCGGCGUUAUUGUGGUGCGCGCUCAAAUGCUGAUCUAGCCUGCGUUGAACAGUGUCCACGGAUCCCAACAUGACAACAUCCGCGGGCAAAGCAUUCCAAGCCGCAACAACUCUGCUACCCUUCCAAAAACUAUAAGUUCUUGAUAGUCCAAGGUCUCCAUGCUUGUGUGGCGGAUUCCAGAAAAGGCCACACGCAGUGCCAAAUAUUUUACAAAAGCUGUCAGCGCCAAAUCCCAUAAAUGACUUACAAUGCAGCCAGAGCCGACUUAACCGCCUUUACACCGUACAAUGUUGGUUGGAGUAAAGAUGUCAUUUGGAAAACCAAAACCUUCUAACUGUUAACGUAUUGCAGUGGAGUACCGUGGAGAAGGUAAAUCAUCGAGCUGGAGGCUCUGCAGCGGCCGAGUUGAAGAAAUUUGCGUUUGCUCAUAUUGAAAGGCAAAAGCCAGCGCUUCGACCAAUCCUCAGGCCUGUUCAAGUUUGUCUGCAGGUGGUCUGCGUCUGUCGCAUUGUGAACAACAUUCUAUACUUUCAUUCAUCAGCAAACAGGAUGGCUUCACAGUCUAGGUCCGUGACACAGUUACUUAUGAAAAAGCGAAAUAAGGUGGGGCCUUGAACCGGUUUCUCUGUAACUUACGACUCCUCAGGGAUUCUGUCGUCUGACCAAUGGGGGGCUCUUUUAUAUAGCUUCCUCUUCUUGUUGACGUCCGUAUUUACGGACAGAUUCAAGCAUCUGGAUGUAUUCGUUAGUCUUCUACGGGUGUGGUUUCUGUAGUUAUUCAAAAAGGACCAUUUACAAGGUCGUUAUUACUGCUGGGCUGAAUUAACUUUGGAUUGUUCUGUACGAUAAUUAAUAAUCCAAGUCGACGCAAACAUUUUCUGAUUAAAGAUGUUUUUCAGGAAGUCGUUUAAUAUUUCGGUAGGUAGGAUAAUUAUUACAAGGCAGUGCUAUGAACAUGUUCUCUAGUGAAUGCUUCAUAGUCGAAAGCUACUACUUUCAAAGACAUUUUAGAUGUUGAGUCAGUUAGCGCUUUCCAGCCACGCGUUUCGUUUCGCCUUCUUAAACGGCACUUUGCUAAGUUUUGUUAAAAACUGCUAGCAGAAUCCGUUCUCAGCCGUUACAGCUGUUUGAUGCUGCUCUGAAUUUAAACUAAUCAUCCGAUCGUCUGUAAUUCAUAUGCUAUGGUUCUUCCUAUAAAUAUGUUCAGUUGUAGAUCCCCAUUUCACAUUUAAAUGGGCAUCUUAUAGUUGCCUUGGGCGUUAUCAUAUAUGGCGUAGACAAAAGUGACACAGUAACGCGUAGACCGGACAAUUGUUACCCAAGCUAUUGGUGCGUCUUUUAUGCGACACGGUUUCAAUAACAGAAUGCAAAGACCCACUGUGAAUAGUAUAAGAAAAUCUGGUUUGCUAUUAAUUUCGUUGUAUUUAUAAUAACGAAAAAAACACAUACCUUGGAUCCGAGUCUUUAUCACGACAAAACAUGAACAGCCAUAAAAAAUCGGGGCAAUAACAGACUCGAAUUCAGGGUAAGAACGCAUUAAAUGGCAUUAAAUGUGACACCCAGCGAUGGGGAGGGGGUAUUAUUACAUAGCAGCUACACUCGCUGGUCUUCCGCCAUCCCUGCCACCGAUUUUCUUUCAAGUCGGGUUCAAAUAGGAUCGGAAGCGGCAGACUCACACCCCUCUUCUUUUAGCGAUUGUACCUUUGUCUGUUCAGUUGUUAUGAAGGACAAGCUGGGAAAGGAUCUGAAAUUUACAUAUUAAAAAUAACGAAAAAAGGACAUACCUCGUAUCCGAGUCCUUAUUACGACAAAACCUGGACAGCCAUGAAAGAUUGCGGCAAUAACAAACUCGAAUACGGGAUAAAGAAAUCACGGCAUUAAAUGUGUCACCCAGCGAUGGAAGCAUGAACUGAUUCUCAUCGUAGGAGUAUUAUUACAUAUCAGGUCUAACAUUUCGCUUACGCCACCUCUGCCUUCGUCUGGCUUUAAAGUUGGGUUCAGGUAGGAUCUGAAGAGUCAGACUCACACCCCUCUUCUUUCAGCGAUUGCAUCUUCGUCUGUUCAGUUGUUAUGAGGGCCAAGUUGGGAGAGGAUCUGAAAUUUACAUAUCCGCUGUACGUUAGCUAAGCCUUACUAUGCGGGGCACUCUGCUGCCAGUGAAAGUUAGUUUGCCUGAGGUGUCUGAAUUCUGUGCGUUAUUGUAUUUUUAAAUACUUGAAAUUGCUUCUCUAUUGUUGACAUUUUUACGCAUUUCCGUGGACUCCCGGUAAGUGCCUAUUGGCAGAAAAUAUCUUGUAUACUUCAACGCAGCGUCGAAGCUUAAAAAGGUAUAUAGAUGGUUGCAGGUUCCGUUAGCAUGGGUGAUAUCUUAUGUUCGUUUUAUAAGCUAAAUGACUUAAUCCAAUCACUCCGUUCCAAGUUUGAGUUUUAAGAAUCGCUUACCAUUACGCGGUGUUUACUCUAACGUUCUCCUCGCUGCUAAUCCAGUGCAUUACAACGGAUGUUCCCAUUAAUUCAGUUUAUAUGUUGUCAACAUAAAGUGUGGCUGACUACUCGCUGAGGAGGCACUACAGAUUUGGAGUUUUUAAAAAUAAAGACCAUGGAACCACUUCUGCAUGUUCAACUUUGAGGGAUUUCCUCCUCUCCUCUGUGCAUCCGUAAAGGCAAGGCCUAAGUCAUGCGGUUCCAAUUAAUUUACGGCAUUAUUGAGUUCGCACCGUCUUCUCGGGUGCUUUUUUUCUAUGUGUUUCCACAGAAAGGAAAAAGUGCGUUCCUGCUUGGAUGGGAAAUGAUAAACGCGCCGAGGUGGUCCCAUUAUCUCUUGUGCCAGCUUCUCUAUCAAGACGACGGCUUGUAAGCGCCAAAUUUUCAGUCCUAAGUAUGCUCUGCCACCAUGUUUCCUUUUUCUAAUUUCGGGGAGAGUUGGCAGGUGUUUUCGAAUAAGACCUGGAAAAGAUGUGGUCCACAAGUGGGAAUUCAAUUUAAUAAAGCAGUCUAACAUCAGCAUAUAUAAAAAAAAAUCAAAAACACAUUUUAUUUGAGAUGUUUUUAUGUGGUUGCUAUGCACGUUUUUGAAUUUACUUCGCUUGUGUGACAACACAAGAUUUUCGAUUUCAUCACUACUCAAAACCUGUAGCUUCAAGUCGUGUUUUGGCGAACAUGAAAAUUGCUAAACGAUUGAAUAACACAAGCGAUUUGAGAUGUUCAAUCAGUUGAAGGAACAUAUGCCAAAUCUCCCAUAAAUGCGUCGUUUGGAUAGAAAUAUAUUGGUCAGCAACAAUUCAGAUUUCACUCAGCUGUUUCAGUUAACUGUUAGCUUUUGCGAUAUGUGUUCGAGAAAUGCGAAAGCAGCAGAACAUGUCAAACAUUCAGAGUUCCAGUGAAUUCCUUUCCCACAGAACAUCGUCGUUAAUGAUCGCCUUGGUAACCAAGGCAGAACAGUGUGCUUUUUAAAGUAGUAUGUGUGUGUGUUGGGGGUAGGGGUGUCAACGGGGGGUUUACGUGAUGGUCGUAGUGGUCGCUCACUUGCUUGCCGGUGAGACUACGCCUAGCGUCCAUUUGCCGGCACCCAACUCUCACCUGUGGCUCCACGUAGCUGGGCUCUGCUCAGCGGCCACACCCCAAGCAACCUUUUCGACAGGCGGGCUAAACCAGGUGAGGGUAUUCGUGCGUGCACCUGCACACGCGGCACUGUGGCCUCCGCUGGCCGGAUGGAUCUUCGCGUCGACAUCGUCGAGACGAGGCUCUGCCUGAACCAUCGUAGGAGGCCAACAGGUAAGUUCUUCUUCCGGUAAGUGAAUUUGCUUUGUUUCUUCCUUUUGUCUGUUGAAGUUCCGUGUUGUAUGCUGCUCUUGUUGCCUGCCCUGUUCAUGUUAGUCUGUCUAUUAACAUAUGUAUGAAACACUUGAUGCCUGAUGCAAAUGUCUGUCUGUCAGUCUAUGUCUCUCUCUGCUAAUAGCUAGGUGUUACUGUGCUUGAUCUUGAAGGAUGCCCUCUCACUUCUGUCUCUGACUUAUGACUGUGUCUGCUUGUCCUCUAGAUAACUGUAAGUCCCAUAGCAUUCUGUUGGUGUGUAUGCUCUCUCCCAAUUAACUCAAUCACAUCACCACCAAGGUCCCAGGCUAGCUCGGGUCGUUCACUCACUAACAGAAAUUCGUGGCCCAUAGUGGAGUCCGGCAGCCGUCUGGGAUAACCGGGCAGCCCCGUUCAGGGAUGCGUUGCCUGCCCACGCGUGGGGGAAGGUACCCUAAAAAUUGCUGACAGGCUGCAGGCUGGUCGAAACAACCAAAACCGAAUCAACAACAACAUUAACAACAACAACAAUCACCAUCUUCCUCUUCCGGUCUAUUCUUCUUCUUCUUCUUCUUCUAGUUUUCGCCGCCGCAAUCGCCGGACUGGCAGGGUGAAUCCGCUCACUCUGGCAGCCUGGAAUGUUUGUUCCCUUUUAGACAAUCCGAGGAGCAACCGAUCGGAACGGAGGACAGCGCUAGUGGUACAAGGAACUGGCGCGAUACAAGGUGGACAUCGCCGCACUCAACGAGACUCGAUUCUCCGAACAAGGCCAAGUGGAGGAGGUGGGUUCCGGUUACACCUUCUUCUAAAGCGGUAGGCCCAGGACAGAGCGACGGGACGCGGGCGUCGCCUUUGCCAUCCAGAACGACAUCAUGGGAUGACUGCAGUGUUUGCCGCAGGGCAUCAACGAUCGCCUGAUGAGCCUCUGUCUGCCUCUCUGUGGAGGCAAAUUCGCCAUCAUCAUCAGCGCCUACACUCCGCCGAUGAGGAGUUCCGACGCCGCCGCAACAGACAAAUUCUAAUAGGACCUGAACCCCCUCUUGGCGACUGUAUCGAAGGCGGACACGUUGACUGUCCUUGGUGACUUCAACGCCCGCGUCGGCACAGACCAUUCUGCCUGGAGAGGAGUGCUGGUUACCAAUGGUCUCCGCGGCUCAAACGACAAUGGUCUGCUGCUUCUCCGCACCUGCGCAGAACACCACCUCAUCCUGAGGAACACGUUCUUCUGUCUGCCGGAGAGAGAGAAGGCCACCUGGAGGUAUCCUCGGUCGCGUCAGUGGCAGCUGGACUAUAUCCUUCUCCGAAGGCGAGAUCAGCGGGAAGUGCUAGUGACAAAGGCGACCGCGGGUGCUGACGGGUGGACCAACCAUCGCCUCGUCAUCUCGGAAAUGCGUAUUCGCCUACAGCUCCGCAGGAGACCAAAAGAUAAGCGAUCCCAGGUAAUCUAAAUACUGCCUUCUUGUCUUUUCCGGCUCACCAUCUUUAUUUCAGCAGUGAGCUAGCUCAACGACUAGACAAUCUUCCUAUCGCUGUCAACCCCGCCACUGCCGAGAACGCCUCCGUGGAGAACCGCUGGUGUCAACUGCAAGACACGGCCCAGUAGAAGGCGCUAGCCGUCCACGGCCGCGCCCGCCGCCAACACCAGGACUGGUUCGACGACAACGACGCCGCCAUCAGCAAUCUGCUCUCCGGGAAGAACCGCCUACACAAAGCCUACGUAGACCACUCCACUAAAGAAAACAGAGCUGCUUUCUAGCGCAGUCGCCGACAGCUUCAGCAACGACUGCGCGAGAUGCAGGACGCCUGGACUGCUCACAAAGCUGAGGAAAUCCGAGGCUACGCGGACCACAAUGAGUGAAAGAAGUGCUUCUCCGCGAGCAUAGCUGUCUACGGUCCGCCGACGAAAGGCACUCCUCCUCUCCUCAGCACCGACGGUAGCACUCUCCUGACUGAGAAGACACAAAUUCUACAGCGAUGGGUUCAGCAUUUCCGAGGCGUGCUCAACCGCCUCUCCGCCAUCUUCGACGCCGCCAUCGAGCGUUUGCCGCAAGUGGAGACCAACGUGGACCUCGACCUCCCGCCAUCUCUCCAGGAGACCAUCAGUGCCGUGCAGCAGCUCUCCAGGGGGAAAACACCCGGAUCGGACACGAUCCCAGCUGAGGUCUACAAGCACGGCGGGCAUCAACUCAUGGAUCACCUGACUGCGCUAUUCCAGCAGAUGUGGCGUCAAGAUGAAGUCCCACAAGACUUCAAAGACGCAACUAUCGUGCAUCUCUUCAUGCGAAAAUGGAAUCGCCAAUUCUGCGAAAAUCACCGCGGCAUCUCCUUGCUGAACAUCGCCGGGAAGAUCUUCGCUUGA